GAUCUUGCGUAUCAGUGUUAACCAGUGCCAUCGAGAAGACGCACGCAGCGGUUUACGCGUGUCGCGAAUUAUCGUCCGUGCGAGAUUCCGCGAGUGGAAUCGUCGCGGUAGGACGACCGAGUGAGAAUAAAAAAAAAAGGGAAACUGUGUAAGAGAGAACGAAGCGCCGACGAGGGUAGCGAUCGGGUGCUGUUGCUUAGUGGGUAGCGUGGUAGUGGUGGUGGUGGUUGGUCGGUCGGUCGGUGGUGGUGGUGGUGUGGUGGCGGCGGUGGUGGCGGUGGUGGUGGGUGCUCCGGGUUCCGCGAGUGUCCGCGAAAAACUAGUGCCGCGAGCCAUCAUGGCGAACCCACGGAAAUUCAGUGAAAAGAUCGCGCUGCUGAACCAGAAGGAGGCGCAGGACUCGGCGGCGUUCGAGGCGAUCAUGAAGGAGGUUUCGGACGUCACGAGCAGAGUGGCCUCGGCGAGCAGCUCGGUGGGUGCUAGUCCCACGGGAUCCGGCGUUCCGGAGACCCCUCUGUCCGUCAAGAGUGCCGGCGCCAGCCCACCGCAGUCGAGCGGCAAACAUCUGCACAUUAACCUGGGCAAUCAGUUCAGGGCGGGCGGCUCGCUGCCGAACGUUAACAACAAUGUCAAUUGCGGCAACGACGCGAAAGAGCACUCCUCGCCGCACACCGGCGCGAUCCAUUCGAUCGACCUCAAGACGGCGCUCAGCAACCUGGAGGAGAUGCAACACAACUCCAUGAUGUACCGCAGCGACAACAGAAGCCGGAGUAUGGGGGUGGGGCCGAUGCGAUCCCGACCCAUGGAGAAGAGACACGACACAUCGCCGUACAGCGGCGUCCCUUACCUGUCGCCACCCCCGCCUGAUACCUGGCGCAGAACAAACUCAGACUCGGCUCUUCAUCAAAGCGCCAACGAAGCUUGCCAAUCGACCUCCGCCAUACCUCAUCGACGAGGUAGCAAUGCAUAUCAGCACGUUAUGACCGCAAACGACAACAGAGAUCCUCAUCACGGUUUCAUCGAACGACCAAGAUCAUCGUGCGAAAUGCCUAGAGUGCCUGGGAUUAACAUAUAUCCAAGCUCGCAACCACCGGGGCAGCAAAUACCGAUAGGGAACAACACGGGGUCGUUGCCCGACUUGAGCAACGUACAUUUUCCAUCACCACUUCACACUCCUCUGGAUCCUCAGGAGGAUCUUUCGAGUAGUACGCCGUUCAGCAACAGUCCUCAAACGAGCAGUCCCACAAACCUGUCGCCGACCAGCUUGGCACAAGCUGGUAGGCUGUCCUUUUCACAGGAUCCGUCAAGCGUCCAACAGGGUGUGGCACUGGAAAACAGCACAAGUACUUCGCAACAGGAUCUUCAGAGCUAUCCGCAGCAACCGGCGCCGACGGCGACGUCUCAGAGCCCGACUGCCGGCCUCUACAUUUAUCAACAAUCGCACAGUCCUGUGCCGCCGCAAAGUCCAAAAACGUCACAGUCGCAGCAACAACAACAUCAACAACAUCAACAACAUCAACAUCAACAUCAACAACAUCAACAUCAUCAACAACAACAUCAACAAUCACAGCAACAGCUCAAUUCAUUAGUAUCGUAUAGAUCCACGCAGUCGGUGAACAGGCCCUCACCGCAAUCGUCACCUAGUCUAACAGUUCAAGGAAGUCCUUUAAGUUACAGCAAUAAUCCAUCGGCGCCGCCUAGUCCUACAGGACAUCCGGGUCCGCCCAGUUUGACGUCCGACGUUAUCGAUCAGAAUACUUAUUUCAUCAAUCAGGCGCAAGCGGCGGCCCUUCAACAGGAUUUCGAACAAUUCACAAUGGGACUGGAGUGGCCGAAAUUCGCGCAACAGCUGAUGGAACUCGGUUGCACCUGGACCACGCAGAUAGAGAUGGACACGCCGGUGCAGACGAACACGAUCGGGACGUAUAUCGGGUCACCGAAUCAUACCACGAAUUAUACGCAGAACGACAUGAUUAAUGUCGGGGGCGAAUUAGGCAGCGGGGACGCGGGGUACUUCAGCACGAGUCCGCAAAUGGCGUAUCAACCUGCAACGACGACGACCACCGCUACCCAGCAGCUCACACCGCAAACUCCAAAUACACCUACGAUUAUUCUCACAGACUUCUCCGGUGCGGACGAUCCAGAAUUCGUCAAGGACCUCGGUACGGCGAUGAUGGGAGAUUUUGAUCCGGAAAUGUUCCCAUCGGACGACGCCCUUAGACAAGGCCUCGAUCCAAUCGACGUGGACGGUCUACAAAUGCUAGCCGACCCUACAAUGGUCAUAUCGGAUUCCAGCGCCGAAGCCCACUUUAGGUUAGAUCGACUUUAAGGGAAGAGAUUUUACUCAUUUACCAAUACACACACACACACACACAUUCUCCCGUAUCGACUACUGUGUAGGAUAAAAUAAAUUCUGUCCUGGUGUCGCGAUUAAUUCUUAAGACACUUUGACAUAUUGGGAUACUUUUUGGGCACUGACAGAUUUGCAGGGAAUCAAUAGCGCGUCAGUACAUAAUAAAUUAUGUAUAAAUAAUAAAUUUCUUAGUAAAUUUUAUUUAUAUAGCAUACGAAUUUAUAUAUAUAGAUUUCGUGUGAAUAUUUUUAUCUCGUUUAAUAACGCAUUUUUUUUAUUGCUUGAAUCGUGCAUAAUACAAAUUUGGAGAUCUGCAUUGUUUUCUUGAGGAUAGUAUGUCCACAAAAAAAUCUUUCGAGACAUUUUCUGGAAAUAAGUCAGUGGUCAAUGAAAGAUGUCUCCCGCUCGUGAUAAACCGUUACUUGACGAUUAAGUAAUAUAAAAAAAAUCUUUAUUAACCCUUUUUUUAUUUUACACUACUUUGUACAUUGUAUCAUGUAUGAUCUCUAAGAAGCACAAAAGAAAAAUGUUUACUGAUUUAUACAUGCUUUUAUUAUAAUGCAAUUAUAUAGUGAAGUAAUCUACCGUUUAGGCCAAUUUAAAGUUUAGAGAAGAUUACGAUCGAUUAUGCUCCUCGAUGGAAGAGCAUAUUAAAAAAAAAAA